CCGUGCGCCUGCCGUGACGCGCCGCGGUGCCGGUGGUACCCUCCUGUUGUGACACCUCGCUGGUCGCUGGCGCUGGCACGCACCGUCCCGGAACCAAAAAGAAGUCCCAAAACCACCCAAUACUCUGUGGCUUUUACCGGAAAGCCCCCCCGUUUUACUCCAACUCGCCAGUCCCCCACCCGCCUUUCCAUUUCUCUCUCUGUCUCUCCACGUGCUCGCAGUCGUACACCGACCCGACGGCCCCUCGCGGUGAGGGCGCGGCGACGGCGACGGCGAAGGCGCGCGCGUGAGGGUGGAGGCCGAGUUAGGGUUAGGGUUUUUGGUCUAGCCCGAGGGCCUGAUCUAUGGACGGGGGGACGGGCCCGGGCGCCGAGAUGCUCUCCCCCGGUGAGGCCGAGUGGCCCCCGGAGCUCCGGCUCCCGCCGCCGCCGCCGCCGCCUUCCCUGCCGAAGCACCCCGGGCCGCCUCGGCUCGCUCCUCCGUCGCUGUGUAACGAGCCGCCUCCCACUCCCCAUCUCCCGCCUCCGCGGCUGCAGUCGAAGAAGGAGCCGUCUCCACCUCGUCACACGGAGGGGUUUGAUGACCAGCAGUUCCUCGGAUCGAUCAUGGGAGCCGCAGCCCAGCCCCAGCCCCAGCCCCAGCCCCAGCAGCAGCCUGCGGCUACGGCAGCGGGGGCGCCGGUGCCGUUGAAGAGGAAGAGAGGGAGGCCGCCGAAGAACAGGGACGGUGCGGCAGCGGUGGCUGCGCCGGCGAAGCCCGUGAAGCAGAAGGAGGAGGAGGUGGUGUGCUUCAUUUGCUUCGAUGGUGGCAACCUCGUGGUUUGCGACCGGAGGGGUUGCCCGAAGGUGUACCAUCCUGCGUGCAUCAAACGUGACGAGUCCUUCUUCCGGUCUCGGGGCAAGUGGGAUUGUGGUUGGCACAUAUGCAGCAGCUGCGAAAAGGCAGUACAGUACAUGUGCUAUACCUGUACGUACUCCGUCUGCAAAGGAUGCAUCAAACAAGGCAAAUUCUUUGGUGUUAGAGGGAACAAGGGCUUCUGUGAUACAUGCUAUGGUACUAUAUUGUUAAUAGAAUCCAAAGACGAUGGUGCAAAGGUUAGUGUUGAUUUUGAUGAUAAAAAUAGCUGGGAGUAUCUUUUCAAGUUAUAUUGGUUGGAUCUGAAAGGGAAACAUUUACUAACAUUGGAAGAGCUAAUCAGUGCCAAGAGCCGUUGGGUUGUUCCUACUACCGCUGGUAGGAGAGAGAAAGAGGUGUCAUCUGAUGAACUAUAUGACACAAACAAUGACCAAGAUGCUAGUUUUGGCAUCUCUUCGAGAAAACGAAGACAGAAUAAUUCUUUGGGAAAAAGAGGACGGAAACAUCAAAAAGACAGUGGUAUUACUGCAGCAAAGUGUGAAAUUUCUGUUAAAGGUGCUGGAAGCUUACCAAACAUAUUACCAUGUGAGAAGAUGGCCUUGCCGGGUGACACUAAAUGGGCCUCAUCAGAGCUGUUGGAAUUCAUUGGGCACAUGAGAAAUGGUGAUAGUUCUUAUAUUUCCCAGUUUGAUGUCCAGGUUCUUUUGCUCGAAUAUAUAAAGCAAAAUAACCUCCGUGAUCCUCGGAGAAAAAGUCAAAUUAUUUGUGAUGCAAGGCUUAGCAAUCUAUUUAGAAAACCUCGUGUUGGUCAUUUUGAGAUGUUAAAGCUUUUGGAGAUGCAUUUUCUUGUGAAAGAGACUCCAGCAACAAAUGUUGAUAGCCAAAGAGCAAUUGAUCCAGAUUCAGCUCAAGUAGGUAAUGAAGGAUAUGAUGGGUUGACGGCCAAAUUAGGUUCUGAUAAGAGGAGGAAGGCUCACAAGAAGAUUGAAAGAGAACUAACAGCUAAUCCAGAGGAUUAUGCAGCCAUUGACAUGCAUAAUAUCAAUUUAAUUUACUUGCGUCGUAGCUUGAUGGAGGAUCUUAUUGAUGAUGAUGCUGCUGCAUUCUCUGACAAGAUUGCUGGUGCUUUUGUGAGGAUAAGAAUUUCUGGUCUUGGCCAAAAGGAAGAUAUGUACCGUCUAGUGAAAGUUCUUGGUACACAUAUGGUUGCAGAGCGAUACAGUGUUGGUAAAAAGACAACAGAUUAUGCGCUCGAGAUAUCAAAUUUAGAUAAAAAGGAGGUUAUCACAAUGGAUACGAUAUCAAAUCAGGAUUUCACAGAGGAGGAAUGCAAGCGAUUACGCCAGAGUAUGAAGUUUGGUCUAAUCACCCAACUAAAAGUGGGAGACAUCUAUGAGAAAGCUAAAAUCUUCCAUUCUCUGCGAGUUAAAGAUUGGUUGGAAAAUGAGAAGCAAAGGCUGAGCCAUCUUCGUGAUCGUGCUAGUGAAACUGGACGUCGAAAGGAACUGAGGGAGUGUGUAGAAAAUUUGCAGCUUCUGAACACUCCUGAAGAAAUAGCACGCAGGAUUAAUGAAGUUCCAGAAGUACAUGUUGAUCCCCAUAUGGCUGCAGAUUAUGAAUGCGCUGAAGAACAGGAUUAUAAGAAAGCUGUUGAUUGGACCAUAAAUAGGAAUGGACCAGAUCUAUUAUUUCCAGGAAGAAAAGGGACAAAAUUGAAUUCUGUGGAGAAUCAUACGCAAAAGUGUCUGAAUGCAAGUGGUCACACGAGUAGUCCACCUACAGAGGGCACAUCCCAUAGAUCAGGAGCAGGAAGUGACAUUAAUUUAAACAACACGGCAGUUGAGGGUGCAUCACUUUCGCCACCUGGAGUUGUAUCAAGUGACGCGGAGCCAGAAAAAGUAUGGCACUACAAGGACCCUUCUGGAAAUGUUCAUGGCCCAUUUACUCUUUUGCAGCUAUCCAAGUGGGCAAGUUAUUUCCCACGUGACCUGAGAAUAUGGCUUACAUUUGAGAGUGAGGAGAAUUCACUUCUGUUGACCGAAGUGCUCCCAAAACAGCAGAAAGAUUUGGUUCAGCCUACAGCAGUUACUACCAGUGGGCAAGAUAGAAUCAACUCAAAUUUUGUUGCAAAUAACUCUUCCUCCCCUAUUGGUUAUAAUGUGGUCUAUCCUUCUGAAUUAUCUAGCCAGUCUGCUGAAAGUUCUGAUCCAACAAAAGAAGGUCCAAAGCUUCUGGGUGGAACUUUGCCAUCGAAACCUCUGAAGGAUGCUCGCAGUUUGCAUGGCCAGGUCCAGCAUCAGGUUAACUAUUCAUGCACCAUUCCAUCUUCAGCAGGUUCAUAUGGACCACCCGGCUCUCAUGAUGAGGGGGUCCCAAGAAAACAGGUUGGUGAAUGGAACAGUUGUCAGGACAAUGGCGGUAUGUGGAGUCCAACCAUAUUGCCCAUGAAUCAUAGUCGUAAGUGUAAUGCGGAGCAGCAUCCCGACGGGUGUACUAUGAAGGACCAAUUGCAAAAUGACUCUAAAAGUAAUUUGCUAGCGGGAUCUGUAGGAAAUUUGAAUUCCCGAAUGGAUUCUGGUUCGCAGAAAGCCUCAGUUCUUACUCCACAACAAUCUGCGAGAGAUCCUGCCCCUUCUCGUAGUACUACAAGCCUGUCAGAGUUCAAAACCGUGUGCCAUCAGGAAGACUCUUGCUGGAGUUCAGGAAAAAAUGCAGGCCCUCAUGAUGACCUUCAGCUAUCUAUUGCUUUAGUGAAACCGGAGAGCUGUUUGCUGGCAAAUCCUGUUGAAGACAGAGAUUCCAGUUCUGCUUCUGGUGUGCCUAGUAAGUCAGGAGCUCCUGCCUGCCUUCCCCAACCAGUUCUAUCUAUAUCUAACUCUAAUUCAAGCAAGACUGAGGUGACCAUGAAUCAGCACAAAACAUGCCACCCUGAUGCAUCAAAUGAACCAUUUGAUCAGCAUCCUGAACUUAAAAGUGAGCCAGUGUUUUCCUCUAAAACUGAAGAUCUUGAGUGUGAGUACCCUAGUCCAACCCCAAAACUGGAGAGGAAGGAGACUUCCAUGAACCCCCCUGAAGAUUCAGCUACAAAGACAUGUGUCCACUCUUCAAUAUCUUUGGUAUCAGAAACAUCUGGCACACCUGUUGGUAAAAUUGAUAGCUUGCAACCCCUUGAGGAAACAUCCUGUCUAGAAGAAAGACAUUUGAGAGAUAGGGACACUCAAGCGGAGCAACUAAAUGAAGAGAGUACAGCACUUAAGAGAAAUAGCAUAGUGGUUAAUCCUGUAUCUGAUGCUGAAGGGAUAGCUGUGUCUGAUGUGUUGGAAUCGUUAACAGAACAAGAUUGUGAAAAAUAUAGUAUACAUGGAGCAGCGCCUUUAGAAAAAUUUGUGCCAGCUUCAGCUGAGGAAGAACAACCACAAUGCUCUAGCCCUAUUGCAUUGUCUCCUUGGGGUGAACCAUGUUACUAUCAGGGUGAAGCUGUUGAUUCUGCUCUCUGGGGUGUCCAAGAUGACCCUAGUAAUGACAUGUGGUCAAUGCCUUCACCAACACCUGCUCUCCAACCUUCCUCAGGUCUUGGAGCUGAUGGAAAAGACGCUUCAUGUAUCAUACAAGAGGUGAUAGCAACCCGAGGAAAUAGUGCUUUUGUUGAAACAUUACCAACACAAGGCGAGAAAAAGAUGGAACAGGGAAACCCAACUGCUUCCACCGGUUCUGGAGUUCCGGAACAGGUAAAACCAAAACCAAGUGCUGCCUCAGGUCCAUCUCUAGAUGGGAGCACAAAAGCUUCGGGUUGGCAAACAUCAGACUCAUCUCUAGAGGGGAGUGCAAAACCUUCAGGUUGGAAACCACCAAGCUUAUCGCUAGAGGGGAUUACUGAAGAUUCAGGUUGGCAACCGUCAGGUUCAUCUGUAGAGGGAGGUGUGAAAGGUUCAGGUUGUCAACCGUCAGGUUCUACUGAGGGGAGCACAAAAGGUUCAGGUUGGCAGCAAUCAAGUUCAUCUCCAAAUGGGAGCAGAAAAGCUUCAGGUUGGCAGCGAUCAAGUUCAUCUCCAGAUGGGAGCAGAAAAGCCUCAGGUUGGCAACGAUCAAGUACAUCUCCAGAGGGCAGCAGAAAAGCUUCGGGUUGGCAGCAGUCUGGUUCUUCUACCCAGGGGAUUGAAAAAGUUUCAGGCCGGCAACUAACAAGUUCAUCUCCGGAGGGAAGCAGAAAAACUUCAGGUUGGCAUUCGUCAGUCCGUGAGAGCUCAAAGGUUAAUUCCACAUCUGGUGCCAACGAAAACCGUAAAUCGUCUUCUAAUCACCAAGCAACAACACCAACAGCGAAGCACUCUUCGGAGGCACCAAAGAGACAUGGAAACAGCGACAAGAAUAUUACUGCUGGCUGGGGAGAAGCUCUCGGAAGCAACAAGGGCUGCUAUCCAUCCGCUGGUAAUGCUAGUCGGGGAAGCCAGGGGAGUCACCACCAUGACAGGAACCACUCCCGGAGGCCUGAUCAUCGUCAUGAUCACGGCACUGGCGGAUCAUCAAGAUCGUCAAGAGGACAGUCCCAAAGGGGGGUAUGUAAAUUCUACGAGAAUGGCCACUGCAGGAAGGGCUCAACCUGCCAGUACCUGCACCGUUGAUCUCCACGGUAGCGAAACGUCGUGCAAUUGCCUCGCCGCCUAACAUUUUUGUAUAGUCACAUAUGAUUACCUCGUAGUCGGUAUAGGAGCAUGAUUAAAGUAGCAUUUAAAGUUUAGAGCCACUGAUGUAUGGCCAUGGAAGUAGAUUCCCCACUUUUGGAGCAUGAAUGCAUGAUUUACUCCAUUCUAUUCAGUUAAAUGGAAAAUGGGCAUUGAAAGUUGAAA